AUGGGAACAUCCAAGAAGAAGGCGGUGGUUACCCCAAAGAAGCCGAAGAAGAAGAGGGAGAAGAAACGAGAAACAGACAGCCCGAGCGAAGAGCAUCGGGAAGUCUCCGUAACCCUCAAUGAACACACAUACACGGGGUAUGUGAAGACAAAUAGCAUCGGGAAAAGAUAUUUCGAUGGUGUGACUGCGAAGUACCAGUGGAAGAAUGGCACCCAAUACGAUGGGCCAUUUGUACAAAGCGAUAUACAGGGCCACGGCAAGUACACAUGGCCGGAUGGCUCGUCAUAUCAGGGACACCUCCUGAAUGGAAGGCGACACGGACAUGGGGUCUUCCUUGCUGCAGAUGGUGUGACCAAGUACGAAGGUCAGUGGCAAAAUGGCAAGAGGCAUGGCCAGGGACGGCUGGUCUAUGACCGGGCCGGUGAAUCCUUCUACGAGGGGGAGUGGCAGGACGGCUGCAAGCAUGGGCACGGGCGGCAAGUCUGGCCCAGCAAGAACACGUACGAAGGGAACUGGGAGCAGGGCCGUAUACAUGGCUUCGGAACAAUGACCUGGUCCGAAAACGGACAGCUGGAGUGCUACACUGGUGAGUGGGCAUAUGACAUGCCUGAGGGCCACGGGAAGUACACGUGGCAUGUCCGAGACGACGGGAGGGAAGGUGUUAUUGGCAAGGAGAUGCCAUCUCAGCAGUUGAACAACAGCUUUGAGGGCAAAUGGCAAAAGGGACUCAGGUCUGGCUAUGGAACUUUCAACUUUGCGAGUGGCGCCCAGUACCAAGGUCAAUGGACCGAGAACCUUAAGCAUGGCGAUGGGCGAUACACCUACGAAGAUGGCCGGGUGUACACGGGAGAGUUCGUCAUGGACAACAUGGCCACCGCCAGUACGGCGAGUACUGACACCCCAGAGGAAUCGACCCAGGCACUGAAUGUCGGCGGAGCCGAGAACCCAGUGAGGCGGUGCGUGGAUGUUGGCGACCUCAUGGGCUUCUGCCUUCCAAACGACCGGGCGAUCACGGACCCCACCGAGCUGACCGGUUACACAGACCCCACAGAGGUCUUCCGGGAGAUCUACAACAUCCUGCUGCGGCAUCUGGGGGACAUCAAGAAGGUCUAUGCCAAAGUGCGGAGAAUCAUCCAGAGGAGUGGCGACGACCCCUGGGUCAUGUAUGCCUUCCAGCUUUGGAUUCUCAUCCGAGACUCUGGGAUGCUGACGCCCGAAUGUACGCUGAGCCGGGUAAGCCGGCACAUCAUGUCCGGUUCCAGGCGGCAUGGGGAGGCAUUCCAUGAGGACUUGCAGGACCUCCGGCCCCUGACGCCCAGGCCAUCUGUGCCGAGUUCCCGAAGCGCCAAGCAGACCAAAGAAAUCCAGGACGCCGGGGCCGAAGCAGGACAGGCUGAAGAGGUGUUGGAGGAGGAAGAGGAGGAGUAUGAAGAUGAAGAGGACGAGGAUGAGGAUGAAAACGAUAAUGAAGACGGUGAUGAUGCUGAUGAGAGAAUCAGCGCACGACACUCCCGAACCAGCAGAGCGAGCAGACGCAGCCGAGCCAGUCGCAUGAGCCGAGGCUCCAAUCGCACUGGGGACCCGCCGCGCCUAGACCGGCGGCCUACCCUCCAGUCCAUGGGAACCAGGCAGUUUGGGUCCUCGGGUCCGAUGGACUUCUUCUUUGAUCAGAGCAAGUUCUGGCGGUUGGGCGACGCCGAAGCCUCCGCGAAGCUUGUGGAUGUGCACUCGCCGACGACAACAUUCAUGUUCCGCCAUUUCCUCGAGGCCCUGGUCAGGAUGGCUCCUGCGGCCUACCCUGAGAAUCAGGGCCUCGAGUCGAUGCUCAAGUCGCUUCUUCGUGAGCGCAUCUUGCCGAAGGUGGACCAACCGGUCAGCAUCGACUCCUGUGGCAUGUUCGAGUUCUUGGCAGAUGGACAGAUUCAGAAGGUCUUUGCAAACUUUCAGCAGAAGCUCUGGGAAAUCUUCAAGGACAACGCGACAGGAUUUGGAGCAUACGAGCUGCCUCAGUGGGCGCACAUUCUAGACUUGAUGGAGGAAGAAGGCGCCCUGAACAAGACUUACAAGCGCCUCACAUCUCGCCGGAGCCUCUGUUUGCUUGGCCCAGUCCUCAUGGCAACCACCUUUCGUGACGCCAGGCCAUUAUGGUGGCACUUGCAGACGAGCUCGGGUCCCAGGAUCCUCCAUGCUACCCGACAUCGCAGCAGCGCGCAACAGCUUCAAGCAUCUGCAAGCGUUUCCCAGCAUCUCGCAGCCUUUCCAUGCAUGAUUGCGAAAGCAGAAGCAGCUGAAAGCAUUUCACUGGCUCUGCAGCGUCGCAACUGCUUGGCCUUGAAUUGCAGGUGCACGUGCAAGGGCGGAUGUGUCUCACCAUCAGGGUAA